AUGAGCCAGUGUUGGUUAUCGCAAGUUGAGAUCGCACUUUCUGCGACUCCAAAGGGACCAGAUAAAGAUAAUUUGCUUAGUCUUCAGUCUGAUAUCCUAGAAGUGAUACAAUUAACCAAGGAAAGUUUGGAAAGUAUGUCAGAAGUAGGAAAUAGUAAUAAAAAAAGUGCUUCAAAUGAAUCAAAUGAUGAUCCGCUGGCUCGAGAAUAUGCCCUCUUUAAGGCUGAACUAGAGAAUUCGGGCGAGUCCACAAACGGUGAGAUGAACGAGAAGGCAGCAGAAUCAGCCAAUGAUAUAGAAGACGAGUUGGAGGCUCUCGAGGGAAUGAAAUGUCGAGCACCCCAUGGAGGUAGUUGGGGCGGUAUUGGUUAUCAUAAUGCAAUGGUAUGGUCCGUUCACAAGGAGGAAAAAGAAAUUAUCACCAGCCUGAAUGACAUCAAGGCAAAUGGUAGCUGGCCGGGCGCUGAUUGGACAAAUGUUAUGACUAAAUGCCUAGCCGGAUCUAGUACAGCUCCCAUUGAUCCCGGUCGGGCCACAGUCGGGCAGCCAAGACAUAUCAAGGCCAUGCUACAUGGCUGGACGCUAGCCUGCCCAGCAUAA